AUGGCUCGAAAAAAGGACAACGAUAAAGACAAAAAUCCCACUACAACUACUAUACAUUCGACUAAGCAAAUUAAUUCUUAUUACUCUCCAAAAACAUCGUCUUCAGAACUUAAGAGAAGAUCUUAUGCUAAUGAACCGAUUUCUUCCAAUGUAGAAAUAGAUCAACAUACUUCUGGUACGAUAGAAGAAGAUUUUAUAAUUAAAGAACCGGUAUUAUCCCAACAAAAUAUCUCAGAAAUGUUAGAAGGUCUAUAUAAAAAAAUCAAGUUCGACUUUGAAUCUAACAUGCAGGAUCUAAACAAGGAAGUUUCUCAGCUUACAGCAACUCUAUCUACAUAG